CUACCACUAUUAAGGUUUAUGGUGCUGCUGGCUGGAAGGCAUGUGCAUGUACCUGCCAGACACGGUAAUUUCCCGUGGGAUCGCCUCCAGCGGCAGGCGGGGCCUAUCACGCGACUACUAUGAAGAACUAACUGACCCUGUGUUGUAAGUACGUACUGACCUGAGUGACGCCCCCCCCCCCCCCUUUGGACGCAUCACGUCAAUGGUGAUGCCGGACUAUCGACUCACCAACAGAGUACGGAGUGACGCCCCCCCCCCCUUUCGACACAUCACCUCAAUGACGAUGCCGGAUUGACGACUCACCAACAACGAGACUACGUGGCCCCCGCACCGAUGGCAUCGACCUUGCUUGCAGGCGUCAACCUGGGGAAGUGCUCUCCCUGCCAUGGGAACCCCGCUUCUUCUCCAUGAUCUAGACUCUAGAAUUCGGGAUGAGAGAGCCGUUGGCCAACUCGUACGUCGUACAGGCACGGAUCUUACAGAGCACAGCCUUCCGUAUCAUGGACUCUUCCCAGAGGCAUAGAGUGUCGCCAGGCGGCUAUAAAUAGUCGAUGCAUUGUGACGACGGCUCGAUGGACAACAUUAAACCUCAAGACACUCAGGACGUCGAAAAGACAGGCGCGAAUAAUAUCAAGUCGGCAACCCUGGAACAGAUGACUGAAAAGGAUGCCGACUUUGCCACCACCAUAAACGAUGCCAAGAUUGCGACAGCAAAGGAGCAUUCUAUGACCCUGGCAGAGGGUAUAAGGAUGUAUCCACGUGCAAUUGGUUGGUCCAUCCUCUUCUCUACCGCAAUCGUCAUGGAGGGGUACGACCUCGUCCUCCUGGGGUCCUUCUACGCCUAUCCAGAGUUCAACAAGAAGUUCGGGACCCUUCAGCCCGACGGCACAUAUCAACUUACAGCUGCCUGGCAGGCCGGCCUGAGCAAUGCUGUCAGCGUGGGCCAGAUUACGGGGCUCUUCGCAAAUGGAAUCAUUAUAGAGCGAUUUGGUUAUAGAAAAACGAUGCUCGGCUCCCUCAGCCUGGUCAUUGCCUUCAUCUUCAUCACUUUCUUCGCUCAAAACCUCCCAACCCUGCUUGUCGGCGAGCUACUUCUAGGCAUCCCCCUCGGAGCCUAUCAGACGGCAACCGUCACCUACGCCUCCGAGGUUUGUCCUGUUGUCCUGAGAUGCUAUCUAACUACGUAUGUCAACCUCUGCUGGGUCAUGGGACAGCUCCUUGCCUCUGGAGUCCUCCGUGGGUUCGUGGAGAGGUCAGAUGAGUGGGCAUACCGUAUCCCCUUUGCCCUGCAGUGGGCUUGGCCUGUCCCGAUCUUGAUCGGGGUUGCCCUGGCGCCUGAAAGCCCGUGGUGGUUAGUUCGACAGAAGAGAACAAAGGACGCGGCGGUCGCGUUGGAAAGACUGACUGGAGGCAACUUCGACGGGCACUGCACGGCCGAAGAAACUGUUGCCAUGAUGGUGCAUACGAAUGAGCUUGAGCGCGAGAUGGAAGCUGGAACAAGCUACCUCGACUGCUUCAAGGGCGUCAACCUCCGUCGGACGGAGAUUGUGUGCAUAACGUGGGUGUGUCAGAAUCUGUGCGGCGCGGGCCUAAUGGGCUACUCGACCUACUUUUACACCCAGGCUGGUCUGGCCGGCACGAACUCGUUCAAUAUGUCCCUCGGCCAGUAUGCCUUGGGAGCUCUGGGGACCAUUCUUUCGUGGGGGCUUAUGACGCGAUAUGGGCGAAGAACGCUCUACGUCGUUGGCCUCGCGGUCCUCAACGUUCUGCUUCUGGUCGUCGGCUUCAUCUCCCUGGCCGGCGCGCAUAACUCGGCAGCUUCUUGGGCCACUGGGUCUAUGUUGCUUGUUUACACGUUUGUAUACGACUCGACCGUUGGACCAGUGUGCUACUCCCUAGUAUCCGAACUGUCAUCGACUCGGCUCCGCACCAAGACGAUUGUGCUGUCGCGGAACGCAUACAACCUCUUCUCCAUUAUUAACGGCAUCAUCUUCCCGUAUAUGUUGAACCCUUCAGCAUGGAAUUGGCGCGGGAGAGCAGGCUUCUUCUGGGCUGGCAUUUGCUUCCUUUGUGUCGUUUGGACAUAUUUCCGUCUGCCUGAGCCUAAAGAUCGAACUUUUGCAGAGUUGGAUGUGCUGUUUCAGCAGGGCGUACCAGCGCGAAAGUUCAAGUCCACGUCCGUGGACGUUUUUGCUGACGGUAAUGGUGUCGACACCAAGAGCCUGUGACA